UAUAUUACAAUAAAGAUUAUAACUAUUUAAAAUAUAUAAACUAAAUUUAAUAUUAAAAUGGUGAUUACCGUUUCACCUAGCAUGGAUGAUUUAACAAACCCGAGCAAUAAAGUGACCAUGGAUGAUAAUUACCAUUUAUUGAAUAAACACCAAAUAAAUGAGGUGUAUCACAACAUUGAAACCCAAUCAAAUGAAAUUAAAUUAAAAACAGGCAAAUUCAAUCUCGACCAUAGCAAUUAUAAGAAAGUUUAUCAAGUAGAGAUAAUAUGGUGGCCCAACGUUGUGGCUAUGGUCAUAUUGUACAUGGCCGGUUUAUACGGUUUAUAUCGGGGCAUGUUUUACGCCAAACCACUCACUAUUAUCUACAUGUAUGUAAUGGCAAUAAUUGCUGGACUGGGUGUACAGUGUGGAGUACACCGGCUAUGGUGUCACCGGACAUAUCGGGCCAAUCGUGCCCUGCAAUACAUACUGAUGGCAAUGUUUACGCUGGCAUUUCAGGACAACAUAUACAAGUGGUCACGUGAUCACCGCACACAUCAUAAGUACUCGGACACCGACGCCGACCCGCACAACAUUAAUCGUGGUUUCUUUUUCUCGCACGUGGGCUGGUUGCUGAGCAAAAAGCACCCUGAUGUUAAUAAACAAGGUGCACUCAUUGACAUGACUGAUCUGGACCGGGAUCAUCUAGUUCAAUUUCAUCGACGUCAUUAUAUGAAAUUAGUGGCGAUUAUAUGGGGUGUUAUACCAACACUAAUACCCUAUUAUCUAUGGGGCGAGACUUUAUGGGACUCUUAUUUUGUGUGCGUAAUGCUUAGAUAUUUAAUUAGCUUAAAUUUUGCCAUGUGCAUUAAUUCUGUGGCACACUAUUGGGGCAACAAGCCGUACGACAACACAAUAAACCCAACCGAGUGUUAUGUGAGGCAUAUGAUGCAAGGCGAGGGUUUUCAUAAUUACCAUCACGCGGACUAUGGGUGCAGCGAGUAUGGUCCGUUUGAAGUAUUUAACUUGGGCACACUAUUAAUUGAUUUUUUUGCAUGGUUGGGCUGGGCGUACGACAUGCGUCAAGCAACACCCGAGAUGGUCGAUCAACGUAAAAAACGUACCGGCGAUUUGAGCUGGGUUAAAAGUAGUAGGCUCUAUGAAUUGUUUACGGUCAGCUUGUUUUUUGUCGCGUUAGCAUUCCCAUUUGUUCUUGGUUAUUUACUU